UGACGAAGCAAACCCAACAAAUAAUUGUGGCCUUUGUCAACGUCAAAGUUGGCGUGUGGGGAGCACGACACUUCCCUUCUUCAUUCCUCUUUUUCUCUCUCCUCAAUUCUUCUUCAUUCUCACCUAACCCAAUUACUCCUAACUCUUCUUCUCUUUGAUUCAUUCAUAUUCUUCUUAUUCUUUUGCCUUUUCUCUAAUCUCUUUUACCCUAAAAAAAUCCACAAUUUUGCUUCUUCCCCAUUUAUUCGAUUUCAGUGGAUAUAUUGCAUUGGAGAAAUGGACUUCUGCUUGAGACAACUAGCUGAGGAGUCUUCAGACCAGGAUAUCCUUCGGUGUCCAUUUUUGAGGAAUAUUGAUGCACCAACUAACUUUUCCUUUUCAUCCUCUUUGGCCUUUCCUCUUCAUGUAAGUCACUUGUACCAGGUACGUGGUGGUGGAGCCAAAGGUCCAAUUUUUGAAGAUGGUCCCAAUUUUGACAUGGCAUUCAGGUUAUUCCAUGGCCAUGAUGGAGUUGUUCCACUUUCUGGGAGAUCAUAUGUGCGAUCUGAGAAUAAGGAGAUUGAUACGCUUCCACCCAAGUUUAAUCCCUUAGCUGCAAGGGCUGCCACCAUCAGUCUUUCAGGCUUUGGAGCUGGAGGCCCCUUCAGCUUUGAUGCAUUUUCUCACAUGUGGAAUAAUAAAAAGAAGAAAUCUCAAUCAUCAAAGGGAGAAGGAAAACACGAGGCGAUGAGUAAUGAGUGGCUGCAAUCAGGAAAUUGUCCUAUUGCCAAGUCAUAUAGAGCUGUAAGCAGUGUUGUGCCGUUGGUAGCAAAGGUUCUUCAGCCCCCACCUGGUGUUAAGUUCGAGUGCCCACGUGCCAUUGUUGCAGCUCGAGCAGCUAUUUCUCGAACUGCCUUUGCGAAGAAUCUUCGACCCCAACCAUUGCCCACAAAAGUUCUCACAAUUGGACUACUGGGUAUGGCAGCAAAUAUUCCUUUGGGUAUAUGGAGAGAACACACCAAGAAGUUUUCACCUGCUUGGUUUGCAGCAGUUCAUGCAGCAGUUCCAUUUAUAGGCAUGUUGAGGAAAUGUGUCUUGAUGCCUAAAACAGCUAUGGCAUUUACUAUAGGAGCCUCAAUAUUGGGUCAGGUUAUUGGGUCAAGGGCUGAGCGGUACCGUCUCAAGGCUAAAGCUGCAAGACAAUCUGCCAUCACUGAAAUUCCUGUUAGUGAACCAAAAAUGCUGCAGGUGCUCACAGUCAACAGUACCGGGCACUGCGGUGAUAUAGUGAAGUGGGACCCACUUUCUCUUCAUGCCAGUGAGCCUUCACCAUCAGCUGGUGUCUGCUGCUAAGCGUAAUUCCGGUAAUUCCGGAACUGUAUCCCUAUUUGUGUUUUUGAUGGUGCUGUAUCUGUGUCGUCAAUUGUAUCAUUAUAAUUAUUAUGUCCAAUAUAUGUUCACCUGGGCAAUACUCCAAAUUGCGCUACAUUACGUUACUUUUCUUUUUUCUGGAAACAAUUGAGUUCGAUGAUUUAAAUGUAAUGGAGUGCUUGAUAAUAAAAUGCAGUCACAGUUUCCGUUGUAUUA